AUGGCCGAUAAGUUCGUGACAGAGCAUGCCAGGGCUAAGAAAGCCCAAACAAGAGUAAACGACAUCUUUGCCAUCAAGCAAUCCCUAGGAGUGGGACUAAGGGACUUCCUCGCCCGAUUCAACAGGGUAAGGAUGACCUUAUCAAAUGUAUCUGAAGGGAUGGCAGUUGCAGCUUUUCAGAACGGGUUGGGCAGAGAGGGUUCAAGAGCGACCAGAAAGCUGCUAAAAAUAGUCUACGCCCUAGAUAAACUUGGAAAAAAGGUAAAGUGGCCGCCAAAGAUGAGGUCCGAUCCAAGCACCAGAAAAUCUGACACCCUCUACGAAUUCCACCAAGAACGCGGGCACAAAACAGAAGAUUGCAUUGCCCUAAGGAAAGAAGUAGUGAACAUGUUGCAGCAAUGGCACCUCAAAGAGUUGCUGAGCGACAAGGGAAGGAACACCUUCACCAGGGGUCGAGAACGUCAAGGCCCGCCCUCACCAGCCCGCACCAUUAAUAUGAUUAUUGGCGACAACGAUGAUGCCUCCAUUAACGGUACCAAGUUCACUGCCACUCACAAGCUCAAAAGAUCGAUCAAUCACGAACGAUAUGACGGACUCGAAAAAAGUAUCAUCUUCGACGAGUCAGAUGCCGAUGGUUUGACUUUCCCUCACAAAAAUGCUCUUCUCACUACUUUACGAAUUUCAGAUACUGAUGUUAAACGCAUUAUGGUAGAUGAUGGGAGCGGAGUGUGCAUUAUCCAUCCCCGAGUCCUCGCCCAGAUGAGACUCGAGGACAAGAUAGUGUCACGCUGCAUCACACUAACUAGUUUUAAAAAUGCAGUUGAACGUACUUCGGGAGAAAUUACACUCUAUAUCCUCACCAGCGGCAUAAUUCUGGAGACAACGUUCCACAUCAUGGACCAGGCCACCGCAUACAAUGCCAUAGUAGGACGACCAUGGAUACACAUCCCAUGA